AGUAUUUGUUUCGAACAUCGAAAUUGAGUAGCGUCAGGUGAACAGUAAUCAUGUCCAGGUCACAGAAGUCGGCGGGCAGCCAGCAGCAGCGGGGGCAGCGGGAGCGAGAGCAGAAAAUCCCCCAAAUACCGCCCGACGGGAUGCUAAUAUAUGGCAACGGCCUCGUCUUUGGUGGCAGUGUUUAUCCGGUUCUGGUGGACGGUGUACCCAUGCAGGCGCCCGUCGGUGCUCAACAGGCUGCCGCCCAGCAGCGCUGGCCGAUGAUGCACAAACCAGUCCAGCAGCAGCAACAGCGGCAGCAACAGCGACAGCAACAUGAGACUGGAUCGGGGUACCCGAACAUGGCCCCGCGGCAUCCACAAUCGUGCGGACCCAAAACACGCACCAGACUACAGUCCCAGCCGCCGCGGAACCGCGCUCCGCACUCCCCACUCAGCGAGUAUCCACCUCAGUGUCCACCACCAACUUCGAGUGCCCCCAACAUAACGAGGGGCAGCAAGAGGGGCUACGGGAUGCCACAGCAACAACAGCAGCAGCAGCAACAACAGAAACAGCAGCAGCAACAGCAGCAACAGGGGAUGCCACAGCAACAGCAGGAGUACCAGCAACAGCUACAGCAGCUGCUGCAACUCCAAUCAGCCAUGGACGGACAUUACAGCUACGGAUACAUGACCAAUGCGAACGAUGCCGGGGGCUGGUCCGGCUAUGCCAUGAUGCCGCCAAUGGUGGCCAACAGACCGUACUCGUUCGGCUGGAGUCCACUCGACUGAGGCGCAGAGACCAUGUUUUCCGGGGAGAACAAAGAUAUCGCGAGAACAACAAAAUUAAAGUUUUCAAAGCAGAAUUAGCCCUAAAAACA